AUGGGCGAGUUCGGUUUGAGUCUUCAUCGAUCGGGUGGAUCUAUAUGCUCGGGGGUGUCGAGACGAGGUGUAGCGCAGUCUGAGGGCCAUAGGUUCGAAUCCUGUCACCUUGAUUGCUUUCGCUUCGCAAAGUACGAAUUGAAUAUAGAAAAAAGGACUCCUUCCGAGAAAGUACGCAAAAUCUUCAAUGAUGCUCUGAAGAAUUGCAACUCCCAGAGUGCAAGAGGCCCGCAGAAGCGGACAAAGUCGACAACCGGUUCGAAGACUUUUUUGAAUCAGUUGAGUUUGGUCCUAACGUAUAUUCGUCUGGUGGUCUCGUAUAUAAGAUCAUGGCUCCUUUUAGGAGUGAUCUUUCAACAAGCCUGUGGUGAUCUCACUUUCGAAAGAGAGUCUCGACGUGGCGGUGUACACGUAGCUCCAUAA